CUGCAGCCAUCACCAGAUGAUAAGUGGAAAAAUACUGUAGUUUUUCGCCCUGUGCCAGCUCAGACAGACACAGCAGGUUCCUCAGCCUCUGGACAGCAAGGACAGCAGCCAGCUGUGGCAGAUGUCAUCCAGCAGCUUCUAGAGCUGUCUGAGCCCGUGCCUGUAGAAAACCCUCAGAAUCAGCAGUCAGGACAGUCACUGAAUAUUGCUGUGGGUAUUAACAGAGACAUUUUACAGCAAGCUCUAGAAAACAGUGGACUGUCAUCAAUUCCAGUUGUGCCACUUCCUAGUGACUCAAGUCAAGCCAAGACAAAUGAUCAAGAAAUUGAAUGUCUUUCAAGCCAGCAAAUGGACUGUAAUGACCAGGAGCCUGGGGUGGAUCAAGAAGAUCAGGAUAAGGCAGAGAAGUCUGAGAAAAGGAUUUUUAAAAAGAAAUCACCGUUCACACCAGUUUCAGGAUCAGUCAGAGAGGAAAGUGGAGUCCGAUGGCAUGUGUGUACGUACUGUGCAAAGGAGUUUAAGAAGCCCAGUGACUUAGUUCGGCACAUUCGUAUUCACACACAUGAGAAGCCAUUCAAGUGUCUGCAGUGCUUCCGGGCCUUCGCUGUGAAAAGCACUCUCACCGCUCAUAUUAAGACACACACCGGCAUUAAAGCUUUUAAGUGUGACUUUUGCAUGAAAUGUUUUUCUACCUCUGGAAGUUUAAAGGUCCAUAUACGCCUGCACACUGGUAAGUCCUUGUAAUU